UUGAGUCAGAUCAGUUUGAUCCAGCACCAAGAGGACACGUUCUCUCACAACUCAACAAUGUUGGGUAAAAGAUCGUUAUUAGCGGCUCUCCUCGCUGUGGCUGUUGGAGUUUACCUGCUGCCCUCUCCCAUAGACCCCAAACCACAUGUUCUGAAGGGCCCCCCUCCAGCUCUCGAGGGUCCACUGGCUGUCAACACCCUGCUGCAGAAGGGCCGCAGGCUGUUUGUUGGUAAACUUCACGGACCAGAAUCCUUCACUGCUGAUGAGGAGGGUAACGUGUACACGGGCACGGUGGACGGGAAGCUGUGGCGGAUCAGUCCUGACGACAGCCUCACACUCCUCACACACAUGGGACAGGAUCUACCAGAAUGUGGCAGCAGCACGAACUAUGAGCCGGUGUGCGGCCGUCCUCAUGGAGUUCGUCUGGAUCGUCACGGUCAGCUGAUCGUGGCUGACUCGUACUUUGGUCUGCACAGCGUUAACCCCAAAACUGGAGAAAAGACUCUGCUGCUGGCUAACUCACAAGGUGCUGCUGGCGUCCCCUUCGCCUUCCUGAACGGUCUGGAGAUUUCCUCUGAGACGGGGAUCAUUUAUUUCACUGACUCCUCGAGUCGCUGGGGACGCAGACACGUCAACCUGGAGGUGAUUGAGCUGAACACCCUCGGUCGUCUCCUCUCCUUCGACCCGCAGACGGGAAGUGUGACGGUUCUGCUCGGCGAUCUCUACAUGCCAAACGGCAUCGCUCUGUCACCUGACGAGCGCUUCCUGUUGCUAGCGGAGACAAGCAUCGGACGCAUACUGAGGUUUUGGCUGAAGGGCCCAAAGGCCGGCACCAAGGAGGUCGUCAUGGACAACAUGAUCGGUUACCCCGACAACAUCCGCCGUAGCGACCACGGAACAUUCCUUGUUGGCAUAACGACGCCGAGGUUCCGGAAAGUUACCCCCCCCUUCCUGGACAUGAUCGCCCCGUAUCCCGCCGUCAAACGCUUCCUGGCAAAAGUGAUUCCUCUGGGCUGGUACCGUGUCAUGCUGCCACGCUACGCUCUGGUCCUGGAGCUGGGGUCUGACGGAGAGCUGGUGGGAACCCUGCACGACCCCGAGGGCCGCCUCACCUGGGCCGUCAGCGACGUCUUCCAGCACCGCGGGAGGACGUACCUGGGCAACACCGACCUGCCUUUCCUGCCCGUCCUGGAGGGGGCGGACAGCUGAUGAUGGACCGCGGCAGGAAACUUAAUGUAGGAUUAAUAUUUUAAUUUCUGGACUGUUAUGAUCGAGGAGCUAUGAGGAACAUUGUGGUGCUUCUGGAUUUUACUUGUAAAGGUUUUUUAACCUCUGUUCACCCCUGGAGCAACGUGCAGGUGUUGCAUAGAUCCAACCUGGAUAUUUUGGUUGAAGGUCGGACUUUUUCACACACUAACUGAGAGAAGAACUGAAAAGCUGUGAUCAUCUGAAGACAUUUUUAGAAAAGUUUUUAAGAAUCUGCAGGAGCAAAAAUACAAGUGCUCAAAUGCCGGUUCAUAGAAUAUAAUUUACAUUUGAAUCGUACCGGGUACAUUGAGCUAAAACCAUAGUAUACACCUAAAAUACUGUGCGUUAAAAUAUAGAAAUGAAGUUACAAAUACUCCACCCAUUUAUCUUCACACUUAAUCCAACUGGAAUAAAUCUUCCAAAAGAAACUCUUAAUGUCAUUUGACUUUCUCUCUUAGGAUUUGUAUUUAAUUUACAAUAAACAUUUUAAUUUGGGAGGGAAUGUGUACUACUAAAACAAAUUGUAAAAUUUGAAAUUGAAUAAAUAUUUGAUAUAAAAAGAACAUUUGACUCCUGAAUGACAAAUGUGUAAUUCAUUUAAAAACCACAUCAUUCAAAUGUUUUGUUCAGAUAACGUUUGGACAUUUGAAGACAUCAUCUGGGAUGUGAAACGUAUUCUUGAAAUUAUUUUGACUAAAAUAUAAAAUACUUUGUUUUUCUUCA